GCGGGCCCCGGCGGGGCCAGGAGAUCGUCUGGAACAAACUCAGUCCAGAGGAGCGAGAGGAGUUCAAGAAGGCGGAUGCGGCCGAGUGGUCCGCCAUGACCGCUCUUGUAGUGAUUGAGGUCGACGAUCUCAUUGUUUCUUGCGAGCCUUCAUAUGAGAGCGAGCUCAAGAAGUUGCUGACCAGCCGUUUCCAUUUCGGUAAAUGGCAGGUCGGCGAGGCCGAAUACGCAGGGAGAAGGAUCCGCCAGCAGUCAGAUGGGCGCAUUCUCGUCGACCAGGAAGAGUAUAUUCUGGAGCAGGUCCGUCCCAUGAAACUCGACAAGGAGCGUGUCAAGUGUCCCGAGGAGUUGCUCGAUGCAGGAGAGCUCCGAGACUAUCGCGGCCUAGUGGCGAAGAUUCUCUGGGCGGCCCGCCAGUCUCGCCCCGACGUGUCCGGAUCCGCCUCGAUGCUGAGCGCCGAAUGCCCACAGGUCAAGAUAGCCUCGGCUCUCAUGGCUAACAAGGUAGCUCGCCACCUCCGGUGCACGGCCAGCUCCUGCCUGACGAUCUGGCCCUUGGACCUGAGUGCCGUGACCAUGGUCACGCGCAGCGAUGCGGGGGGCCCCGGGUCCGCUAAAAGAGACGGUGCUCAAGGAGGCUGGCUCGUGAUGCUAGGGGACUCCAGGAUCAAAGACAAUCGUCGCUCUCGUGUCUCGCUCUUGUCUUGGAGAAGCCAGAGGCUCCGUCGAGUCGUCUCGUCCACCCUGUCGGUGGAGACGUUGAGUCUUUCCGGGGCUCUCGCCGAGUGGCAGUGGUUGUGGCCCGUUUUCCGGGAUGCUUUGUAUGGAGAUGUGAAGGGGCCUGAAUGGUGGAACUCAGGGACGUCCUGCCCCUUUGCAGUCGCGCUCGUCGACGAGUGUGCCAUCGCCGAGGCUUCCGAGGGCGUCGCCGUAGUCGAUGCGAAGUCCCUCUUCGAUACGCUGUCCAAGAACUGCGGGGGUGCCAGGGCAGACCGCCGCAACGCCAUCGAGAUGGCGAUAGUCCGGGACUCGAUGACAGCCGAGGGGACAGUGGUGAGGUGGGUUCCACACUGCAAGAUGCCCGCUGACGCUCUGACCAAGGUCGACCCAGGACGAGGGAAUUUUGCUCUGACUGAUCUCAUGCACAAGGGGAUGCUGGCGCUAACGGACGAGUCUGGGUCGCUCGACGAGCGGUCUCUCAACCUGUCGCUGAAAUCCCGGACUCGGAAUGCAUCGCGGCGGGUUCUACAGAGAGAGUCCCAGCCCACUGAGGCUGGCGAGGACGCAGAGGAGGCUGAGGAGGAGAAAAAAGGAGGAGGGUCGCGCCCCGCCAGGACGACGACGAGGUCGCCCUCGCGUCCGCCUGGCCUGCAGGGCCCAGUACCCUCCGACCCGGGCCCGGAACCGAUGGGGGGAGAGGGAAGGGGAGCGGUUCGUGGAUCCUAG